GAAAGGCUGGCGAGAGCAGGGAAGACUCAGGGAAAUGGAGGGACGCACGCACGCAUACGUACGGGGCAGCCUCCUUGCCUCUCGCGAGAAAGGUAUGAAGCUCCGAGAACUACAUAAACAAGGACUCCCUUGCACGGCGGAAGGCGGGAGACGGAAGCAGCUUUGGCUUCCCAGCCCCCUAUCUCUACGGAUUGGUUUUUGGGGUUUCGCACACGCGGUCGUGAAACAGCGCAGCUAUGGCAACUUUUGUGAGCGAGCUGGAAGCGGCCAAGAAGAACCUGAGCGAGGCGCUGGGCGACAACGUGAAACAAUAUUGGGCUAACCUGAAAUUGUGGUUCAAACAGAAGAUCAGCAAAGAAGAAUUUGACUUGGAAGCUCAUCGGCUCCUUACACAGGAAAAUGUACAUUCCCACAAUGAUUUCCUCUUGGCUAUUCUCACUCGUUGUCAGAUUUUGGUUUCUGCACCAGAGGGUGCCGGGUCAUUACCCUGGACAGGAGGUUCUGCAGCUAAACCUGGAAAACCCAAAGGAAAGAAAAAACUUUCUUCAGUUCGACAGAAAUUUGAUCAUAGAUUCCAGCCCCAGAAUCCACUGUUGGGAGCCCAGCAGUUUGUGGCAAAGGAUCCGCAAGACGAUGAUGAUUUGAAACUUUGUUCUCAUACAAUGAUGCUUCCUACUCGUGGCCAGCUUGAAGGGAGGAUGAUAGUAACUGCGUAUGAGCAUGGGCUGGAUAAUGUCACCGAAGAGGCAGUGACUGCUGUUGUAUAUGCAGUGGAGAAUCACCUUAAAGAUAUUCUGACAUCAGUGGUAUCAAGAAGAAAGGCUUACCGUUUACGAGAUGGUCAUUUUAAAUAUGCUUUUGGUAGCAAUGUGAAUCCACAGCCUUACCUAAAGAAUAGUGUAGUAGCUUACAAUAACUUAAUUGAAUGCCCUCCAGCAUAUUCAGUUCCUUCUGCUGGUCAGAAUCCAGCUUCCCACCCCCCUCCAGAUGAUGCUGAGCAGCAGGCAGCUCUCCUAUUAGCUUGUUCAGGGGAUACUUUGCCAGCCUCGCUGCCUCCUGUAAACAUGUAUGAUCUUUUUGAAGCUUUACAGGUGCACAGAGAAGUGAUUCCUACACAUACGGUAUAUGCCUUGAACAUUGAAAGGAUCAUCAUGAAACUCUGGCACCCAAAUCAUGAAGAGCUACAACAAGACAAAAUUCAUCGGCAACGUUUGGCAACAAGAGAGGGGCUGCUUCUCUGCUGAUGUAGCAUUUGAGAUGAGGGCAUUGAACUCUUAAGUGAAUCAAUGUCUAAGAACUGGAUUUUUUGUGUCUACAUUUCAAGGCUGAGAUGUACAAUGCAUAACCACUUCCUAUGGAAAUGACUUGUGUUUAAUGUAUUUAUGUGCUACUAUGAAGCCAUAGUAUAAAUUUGACUUUUGUUAAUGAUCAGUCUCUUCCUUAUACCACCCUUUACCCUUAAUCCUCUUGCCCAAAGCAGAUAUUGAUUCUGCUUUUGGAAUGUAAAGUUGACUAGCUAGAAUGUAGCUUUGGGCCUUGCAGCUCUUUUAUCUGGUUUGUAUGAGUAAUUGUCUUUGAAAAGCUUUUACAUAUACUAAUUCCUAUGAUCAGAAAAAAGAUCCAGGUGUUGAGUGAAGGACUGUUGAUCCACAUUCCAGCAGAGAUAAUGUAGACAGUUCAGAAAUCCAAAAAAAUCAUUUGAACGUGAUAUUUAAAUGAUGUAAAUAGCCCUUUAAGAUACCAUGCAUUUCAACUUAGUAUUGCUACAGCUGGCUACAUGCCUUUCUUUGCAUUUAAAAAAAAAACCCAACUACUCUCCAGGAACACAAUAACACAAAAUUACUUCCAUAAUUAACAUUUCUCCAUAAAGCUAGUCAUCUUGCCAAGUAAAGGACCAUUCCUUUAUCCAGAAAAUAAAGUUAUCUAUGCAUUGUGGUUGGAUCUUCUUGAUUUAAACUCAUGUGGUUUUAGAGUAACAUCUGCUUGUGCUUCUCAUGCCACCUGGAAACUUAAGAUUUUUAACAACUUAAGUGAUAGAGGUGGACCAGUCAAAAUACAGGUCAGUGUGUAGGUGUAUAUAAGUAUGUAUUUCAUAUACAUAAAUGUUUUUAUGACUAUUAUCUUUUGGUUUUAUAAAUUGGGACUUAAAAUGGAUUCUUAUAAAAAUAACUACAUGGUAAAUACUAUCUUGCAUAAGGCUGAAUAUUAAAUGAAACACUAAUUUAUAUGUUCUCAGUAGAACCUUCCAAGUCCCAUAUGAGGUUUUGUGAUGUUCAAAACAAAUGCGAAGGAUUCAGAAAAAUCUGUAUUCAAAAGGAACUUUUAAUAGAGGUGUGAAAAGCCCUUUUCAUUUAGGAUAGGACAACACUCCAUUUCUAGGGUUUUAGUAGUUUUUAAAAACUGAUACCUAACCGAUCCAAACCUUCCCCCGCCCCCCCUUGAAUAGCCGUAGUUGAAAAAGCUAAGACUGAACAAGAGAUAAGUUUUUUCAAUGGUUUAAAUUCUGCUGUUGAUUAAUGAACUUAAAAACCGUGUAUAAGAGGAUUCUAAUUCAUUCUGAGGGUAGUGUAUGGCUUGCUUUAGGGCUGGAUACUUGAUGGAUAAUGAGAAGAGGUAUAAUUCUAGUUUUGUAUGUUUUGUCAAUGGGAGGACCACAAACAGAUGGGUUUUACAUGUCAUUAAACUGGUUCAUUGAUUAUUUCUGUUUUUUCAUUGACAUUAUUGAAAACCAAAUUUUGAUGGCUCAUUUACUGAAGUGUGAAAAACAUGCUUUUUGCUAAUAAUUGAGCCAGUUGUCAUGUCACCCUGAGUUCUUUUAUUAUGGGCUAAUUGUGUUUCAAAUUUGACUAAGGUAAAUGGCCAUUUUCAUAAGGCUCUGAUUGCCAAAUUAAAUUCUGACAACGGUAUUUUAUUUCCCAUUGUAUCCAAAAAUUUCAUUGAAGCCCAUAGUAAUAGUAUCACUCCUUCCACAGAAAACUACUAAACUGUUAUUUAUGGCUGUGCCAAUCCACCAAUUCAAGGACUGAGUAAAAUGUUAUUAACUAGAAUGUGCAAUUUCCUGAUAAAGGGACAAUGAAACCUAAAAGUGAAAUAAAACACCACAACCUUUAUUUUUAUUAUCAAA